CACAAUACAAUCCACCGCAACCCAAUUGCCACCAGCAGAGGAAGGAAAGAAAAGAGGACGACGAUGGCCGUGAGCAAGCAAUGGACGCGGAUGCGCACGCUCGGCCGCGGCGCGUCGGGGGCCGAGGUGUUCCUCGCCGCGGACGACGCCUCCGGGGACCUCUUCGCGGUCAAGUCGGCGAGCGCGGCUUGCGCGGCGGCGCUGAGGAGGGAGCAGCGGGCGAUGGCCGGGCUGAGCUCCCCGCGCGUCCUCUCCUGCAUCGGCGGCCGCGGCGCCCGCGACGGCUCCUACCAACUCUUCCUCGAGUUCGCCCCCGGCGGCUCGCUGGCGGAGCAGGUGCCGAGCAGCGGGAGCCUCGACGAGCGCGCCGUCCGCGGCUACGCGGCCGAUGUGGCAGCCGCACUUGCGUACCUCCACGGCGCUGGGGUGGUGCACGGGGACGUCAAGGCGAGGAACGUGGUGAUCGGCGCCGACGGCCGCGCCAAGCUCGCGGAUUUCGGGUGCGCCAGGGAGGCGGGCGCUGAUGUGCCGAUCAUCGGCGGCACGCCGGCGUUCAUGGCGCCGGAGGUGGCGCGCGGAGAGGAGCAGGGCCCCGCGGCUGAUAUAUGGGCGCUUGGCUGCAUGGUUGUUGAGAUGGCCACCGGCCGCGCCCCGUGGAGCGGCAUGGACGGCGACGCGCUGGCGGCGCUGCACCGGAUUGGGUACACGGAGGCCGUUCCUGAGGUGUCCCAGUGGCUGUCCGCGGAGGCCAAGGACUUCUUGGCCAGGUGUCUUGUCAGGCAGGCCAACGAUCGGUUCACGGCGGCGCAGCUGCUGGAGCAUCCGUUCUUGGCCGCCGCCGUCGUCGACGCGAAGCCAGAAGCCGUGAAGAGCAGGUGGGUGUCGCCCAAGAGCACGCUGGACGCGGCAUUCUGGGAGUCGGAGUCUGACACCGACGAAGCGGACGACGAGCCGUCGCACGGCGCGGCCGAGAGCAGGAUCAGAGCAUUGUCCUGCCCUGCGUCGGCGCUCCCGGACUGGGACUCGGACGAGGGCUGGAUCGACGUGCUCUCCGGGCCAACGGAAGCACCUGUCGCCGCGCUGGCCAAGGUGACGACUGCCAUCAUCGUGGUCGACGCGAUCACGAGCGAAGAGGAGUCAACCGACGCAGAGUCCGGCGCCCUCGACAUUACCGUGGACGUGGAGCACGGUAGCGUGCUCAACGCAGGACAAGAGGCGCACGAUGAUGAGGAUGGUUCAGUAGUAGGGCACAGUAGGCACCAGCCUUUGGAUAUUCUAGCAUCUCGCCAAUUAAUCUCAUGUAAAUUGUUACCUGUACUGUUAUGUUGCGACCGAAUCAGUAAUGCAAUCGGUUUCGUUCAUGGCAAACCACUCUGCUUCGCAAGCGCUGCUCCUCUGUUUCUCUGCUCAUACUCGUGCUCCCCAUUGCAACACGAUUGA